AUGGAAGUAGUAAGUAGACGACACGCGAAUUGUGAUGCGUACCCGGUGAAUAUACUAAUCGUGCUUUGUCUUGCAGACGGCAUCAAUGGUUUCUCCAUAUUUCUCAUGGGAUUAAAUCGUAUGCAUCUUUACACUGAGGUGAUGGAAACGCUUACGAUUCCAGUUCGCACGGCAUGGGAGUGUGCUCUUGAACCAUGGCUUUUUUUCAAAGGAUGCGGUGAUUUAUGGCCUCCCACUGUGCAACUUGCAAUGGGGGUAGAUCGUUGCGCAGCAGUAUUUAAUCCGAUAGUUUAUAACAAAAGAAUAUUUAGAAGAAGGGGAAACUUCCUUAUCGUGACGUUAAUUUGUGUCUUCUGCGAAUUAAUAGUGGGAUACAUCAUGUCGUGGACCAUGCGAUCAGUCAAGGCGAAGUACUAUUGUGGGAGGAAAGCAGCUUUCGGAGACAUUUAUGCUUCUUUUGUGUACGGGAUGAACAUUGUGUUUUAUCUGCUAGCUUUUGCACUCACAUUAAUGUCCUAUUUUAAGUCACAGUACUGGAUGGAUACAAGUACAGCAAAGCGGCAGCUGGCACGAAUACGAUAUCAACUUAUGAUCUCCGUACUGUCUAUUAUUUUGGUCUCUACUCCUAAUGGAAUCUCAUUGUUAUCCCAAUACAUUACAGAUGUUGCGGAUGCAAUAUCAAAGCCAUCGACUUAUCUUACAUGCAUAAACUCAGCCAUAAACAUCGUUGUUUAUAUUGUAUUCUUUGAAGAAUUC